CACUAAUUAACUAAUUACUUUUAUCACUUAUUAGUUUCAUCACAUUUCGACACGAAAAACUAUUGCCAAAUUUUCUCUAAUUUGUAUUUGACCUGGAUCAAAUAUGUCACGUGGUUACAAUGCUUUCGUUCGAGGCAGUCGACGCUCGUUUUCUCUACCAACCAACAUGGUGACGACGACGACGACGACGACAACGAUGAUGAUGAUGAUGAUGAUGAUGAUUAUAUCAGUGAUGAUACUUCCAUGCUCGUCACUCAAUCGUGUUGAAAUGACAAGCCUAAAACCUUACCACGGAUUUGGGAGCGAUGGGCCAUCCAGAAUGAAAAUAGAAUGUAGCUUUGAAGCCAAAAACUUAGUUUUCUUCAGGCUCAAACGAAACGAUGAAGUCGUUGUCGAUAUUGGUUACAACAAAGUUUCGAAAGAUUUUGUACUCCUUUAUGCUAAGGAAAAUUUCGGCUGCACCUUACCGCAAGCUCAGACGACUAAGGGUGAAGUACAUUGUUGGAAAAAGGAUCUAGAUUGCAGCGAUGUCGCAUCUUAUUCAUGUGAGAUAUCGAAUGCAAACAAGUCCAAUUCAAGGAUUCUAAAAGUGAAAUCUUUUAUCGCAAGUCUUGCAGCUCUCGAUAAACCCUAUAAGAAGGCAAAGACGCCUACCUUCAGAUGUUUGGCAUAUGUUUCACCAGCUCCACGCGACGAAUUUGUCACCUUUAGAUGGAUUAUAAAAUAUAAGAAGCCAAACGUGGAACAAGAGACGACAGUCAAAAGGGUGCCUCUUCUGAAAACCGGCCAACGUUGCAUAGUAAUGAAGUCGCUAUACAAACACAUGUUAACUGACAAAGACAAAGAUGGAACGAUUAUCGCAUGUUCAGCAUUUGGCGAUUUACUUUCACAACAAGUGACUAAAGAACGUGCAAGAUCUGGCAGCCCAAUUUCUGCUCUACCAGAUACAGCAUGGUUUUCUGUCUCCAAAAUUUCUCUUCUCUUUUUGGCUCUUGCAAGUUACAGCUAGCAUCAUCCCGUUUUUGCUCCAAGAAUUAUAAGGAAGGUUUGUUUUCCAACUAACAAGGUUUUGGUCAGCCCAAGACUACAAUAACAGGAAUUUGCUCAAUAAGAUUGAUCAAAAUGGCGUUCGUUUUCCUCUAAUUUCUUCGUAUAUAUUUCUAUGGUUACAGACACAUUGGUUCUUUAGUGCUCGAACGAUUUUGA